GGUCCACGAAUUUGGGAUUGAUCCGAAGCUUCCCGGCAGAGGAAUAAAUAUAUGGACAAGUAAGCGAAGUCACAGCACAACUCAGAACCCCACAUGCCAACUUGUAGCAUUUCAAAAUUGGGCCAUGCGCUCUCCCUGCGCGUGCCUCCCACUCUCGUCGCCGGCUCAAAUGUUUGUUAUGCUUGGAUGAAACGUUUACUUCUCUCUCCUCUCUCAAUGCAGAAGCCAACACUGGAAAGAACACACACAAGAGUUUGGAAUCCUCACCCAUCACCUAUGCAUCAAUUGUCUCUAUUAAACCAAAUUACUAUAUUAUAGUGUGGCGUCAACCCAUCUCGUCUCUCUCUCUCCGUGAUUGGUCAAAUUGUAGUUCGAUGUGCCCUAGAUCUCACACACACAUACUAUAAUUAUAUAUGCGCGGACGUACAUACAAUACAGAUCAUUGUGUUCCACGAUUGAAUUCCUCGCAUCUCUUCCCUCUCCUUGUUCAGGGUCCGCUUUAGGCGGUUAUGUAAUGUUACUUUGGUGCAUUUCGUAUUUGAGGCGAGCUGUGGAACAAGAUCGAGUAUUUUUUUAGAAUUCACAUGCAAUGCAUAAUUUCUAGAUGAAAUCAACUCAGGACUGGCGUAUGGGCACAAAAGAAUCAUCUAUGUUGCUUAUGGCUCGCCAACGCAGCCAUUUAAAGAAGCCAACAUGGAUUAUUGUAUUGGUCUCAUUAGUCAGCUUGUUCUUGAUUUGUUCAUAUCUUUAUCCUCCUCAGAAUUUCGCAGCAUGUUAUGUAUUCUCAUAUAAUGGUUGCGAGGCAUUGCAAAAUUGGCUUCCUCCUGUACUUACCAGAGGACUAACUGAUGAUGAAAUUGCUUCUCGAGUUGUAAUUAAAGAUAUCCUUAGUAGGCCUCCCGUUGUAUCCCUGAAUCCCAAAAUUGCCUUCUUAUUUUUGACACCCGGUGCUUUACCGUUUGAGAAGUUAUGGGACAAGUUUUUCCAGGGCAAUGAAGGUAGAUUUAGCGUGUAUGUGCAUGCAUCCAAGGAUAAACCUGUUCAUUUCAGCCGUUAUUUUAUCAAUCGAGAAAUUCGUAGUGACACGGUAGAGUGGGGAAAAAUUUCAAUGGUUGAUGCUGAAAGACGGCUUCUAGCCAAUGCACUCAAAGAUUUAGACAACCAGCAUUUCGUACUGCUUUCUGACAGCUGCAUACCACUUCGCAGCUUUGAUUUUGUGUAUGACUAUCUCAUGCACACAAAUGUUAGCUUUAUAGAUUGCUUUGAGGAUCCUGGUCCUCAUGGAAGUGGCAGGUAUAUCAAAUAUAUGUUACCUGAAGUAGAGAAGAAAGACUUUCGCAAAGGAGCCCAGUGGUUCACAAUGAAGCGGCAGCAUGCUAUUGUAAUCAUGGCUGAUAGUCUCUACUUUAGAAAAUUCAGGGAGCAUUGCAAGCCAGGUAUGGAAGGAGGACGCAACUGUUAUUCAGAUGAACACUAUUUGCCAACAUUUUUCCAUAUGCUUGAUCCAGCUGGAAUAGCCAAUUGGUCAGUAACACAUGUUGAUUGGUCAGAAAUGAAGUGGCACCCAAAAUCAUACAAAUCGCAGGAUGUUACCAUGGAGCUUUUGAGAAAUAUUACAUCUAUUGCAGAAAGUUUGCAUGUAACAAGUGACAAAAAGAGACAAGCCAAGCUUACACCUUGCUUGUGGAAUGGAGUCGAACGUCCAUGUUUUCUAUUUGCAAGGAAGUUCUUACCUGAAACACUGAAUAAGUUGCUACGUCUUUUCCCCAAUUAUACAUCUAUGGAGGAGGAUUGACAGCCACAAUAUGGAUUCUUUGGUCGAUUAAAGCCAUUGCAUUCGACCCCAUUCAUCUCCAUUUCUAGUCUAGCUUCUGUUGUUGUAAAACAAGUGGUGCCAUGCAAGUGCAAGCAGAGCCACAGAAGGUGCAGAAAUGGCCAACCUCGGUACGAUCAUUUUAUUCGAGCUAUUUAUUUUCAUGCUUACAUUGUGGGGGCAAAAAGACCUCGGGGGACUUUGAGCUGCACUGUUGCGAUUUUUGUCCCUGUGGGUUUUCUUUUUUUCUAUUUUAUUUUAUUCAAAUUUGUUUUUUCCAGCCAGUUUUCCUUCCUUAAAGUUGGCAUUCCGAAAUGGGGAUGCCGACAUAUUGCAGUUGUGAUGUAAGAAACUUUCUACUUGUUUCAUACUAGUACUACUUGGUCUAAAUGUCCAUAAAGUAAUUCAUUGAUCGUUUUUAUAGAGUUUUUGAGGUA